CAGAUGGUGUCUAUGGGUCUGUGUGGAGUACAUGAAUUGAUUCGAGAGACCCAUCUAGCUCACCCAUCACUCUGCUCACGAACUCUCCAGAUUCUUCUCAAUAUCCUGCAAUGUCAACAUCCUGAAAGUUUCAAGAAGGAACCACAGGAUGUGAUUGAGUCCUUGUACAGUUUGUUGAUGGACUUAUCUCAAGUGCACGAGCCCCCUCCAGACAACACGAGAGAUUCCAGUGACACGAUUUCAUCUUUGGCCUGUUCCUGCCUCAUAUCUCUGGUGCUUGCCAGAGGGGACACAGGCAUGAUACUGGCUGCUCUCUCUGCCAUGUUUAUACUUCCUUGCAAAUUUGCACAACAACAAAUUAAACUACCAUCCAUCCUAUUCACACUGCACAAAAGUGUGGAUGCCAUGCUGAUCGGUCGACUCCCGUUGGGUACCUGGUUUGACAGGGGCUUAAAAAGAAAUGGAAGAGUUGCUACGUUCACAGUUGUUAACUCACUGAAGCACCACUGGCCGACAUCCUACAGGUCAAACAUUGCGAGCAGUGGUCAGUUCUUAUUCAUACAAAACUGCUAUGGCCUCUUUAAAGUCGGAUCGGGAUAUCUUGCUUCUAUUCCGGUUAGUUAUUUCUUUAUUUUAUCGUUGCUGGUAUUGCAAUAA